GUGAAGCGAGAGUGUUUUUACAUCGACGCUUCUGGGGGUGGUUGGCAUGAAAAAGAUCGGUAUGACUGCCAUAAAGACGUCAGUUAUUUCGGAUUUUCAUCUCACAUUUCAUUGUGAGAGAUAGUUUGUUGUCUCGCUUCUAUGGAUGACGCGGGAUCACAAUUCAGCACCUGGACAGCUCCUGGUCAUGAACCUAUUACUGGGCACAUGGAGUCCCUAGCGUGAUUGUAGGGAAACCCUGUGAGCAGGCGCGAUUUGGGCACUAAAAUGCCCUCCUUCUGAAAGAUGACGUUUAACUGAAUAUGUGGAUAGUGGUGGACAUUUAAAAGCAUCUCCGUGAAUGAUGAUGCUUACAGUAAGGAUCGGGCUUUUUCGUUGUGCCCUGUAUUCUAAGCAGCAGAACGGGUCGUUAGCCAAUCCAAAUCUGAAGAGGAUAGCAGCAGCCUACACACAGCAACCGAGCCUCGCUCACACUGAUCAUCGGCAAGGGAGACAUUACCAUCAUCAUUAGGAGGGCAUGAGUCAGGACCAUACUUUCAACAAUGUAGAGCAUAAAAGGUGUGGUAUGAGCCAAGUCUCUACUCUCUGGUUAAAUCAAGAGUAACAAUCUUGUCGACGUCCAUUCACAGAAACAACACAGCAACAUGAGCAACCCCCAGGCCCCUCCCCAGGCACAGGCCAGAGCCUCAGAGCUGGAGGUGAUCUCCCAGCAGGUGGAGGAGGACAACCAGUGUCACGCUCCGGUUCAGGUGGUCAGCUUUGCUUACAGAGACCUGCCUCUGGCCGCGCUGGACAUCUCCCUGGCUGGAUCCCAGCUCAUCUCCAACCUGGACGAAGAGGACAACAGAGAGGGGUCUAACUGGCUGAAGCCAUGCUGUGGGCGAAGGGCAGCCCUAUGGCAGGUGUGUCUGCUGAGCGCAGGCUUCAACUGUUUCCUGGUGGCCUGUGUCAUCCUGGUGGUGGUGCUGCUGUGUCUGGAGCUGCUCAUCGACACCAAGCUCCUGCAGUUUAACAACGCGUUCCAGUUUGCCAGCAUCAUCCACUGGAUUAGCCUGGUCAUUCUAUCUGUGUUCUUCACUGAGACGGUGUUCAGGAUUGUGGUGCUGGGGAUCUGGGAUUACAUUGAGAACAAAGUGGAGGUGUUUGACGGUGCAGUCAUAGUCCUGUCCCUGGCCCCCAUGGUGGCCUCAACGGUGGCCAAUGGCCCCAGCAGCCCCUGGGACGCCAUCGGCCUCAUCAUCACCAUGCGCAUCUGGAGGGUCAAGAGGAUCAUCGAUGCCUAUGUGCUGCAGGUGAAGGUGGAGAUGGAGAUGGAGACCCAGCAAUAUGAGAAGGCCAAAGCUGUCAGGGAGGAGCAGCUGGAGAGACUCACUCAGAUCUGCCAGGAGCAGGCAUUUGAGAUCAGGCAGCUGCGGGCCCACCUGGCUCAACAGGACUUGGACCUGGUAGCAGAGCGAGAGGCUGCCAUGCAGAUACACCAUGUGUGGGGCAAGCAGAACAGCAGCUUCCAGGAGGUGGAUGGCCUGGCCCCUGGGGGCCCCGAUCAACGCAGCCAGGCUAAAGCCAGGGAGGCAGCGGCCCCUGGAGAUCAUGUUGUUCAAGAUGACAUGAACAACUACAUCAGCCAGUACUACAGUGAGGCAAGCAGUGGUAAGAAUAAACAACUGUCUACACCCUCACAGGUUUGUUUGUGUACUUUGCUUUGCGGACAGUCAGCAGGAUCAUGUGUUGAGUCCAAGUUGUAUGUGAUUCUUGUAGAUGUUGGGAUCCCAGACCCAGCUCGUGUCAUCACCACUGCAGCCAUAGACGUGCACCUGCCCAACAACCCCAGCCAGCUGCCCUCAUCUCUGGUGAGUGCAGAUGCAGUGUCCAGCCGUCUGCAGCGGACGGGCAGCUCCGUGAGCGAGGCCUCCAACACCACCGUGUCCCGCUCCCGCUCCAGCUUCAGCGCCCACCAGCACAGCAUCAGCAGCCACACCCUGGGCUCCACCACCGACUGCAGCUCCACCGUCCGCGAGGCUUCCACCUCCACAGACUCCUACAGCGGCCAGCGCUGUUACCCCCCGCCCUACUGCAGCCCCCUGGCCCUGGGCUUGGGCACACAGCCUGGCCCCAGAGGACACCCCAGCGCCGUGGUGCAGGAGCUGCUCUCCUCCCUGUCUGAUGAUUCCUGUCUGGGCCAAAAGGGCUUGGACCCUGUCAACCUCAAACUGCCCAGUCCUGCUGGCUCCACCAAAACUAGUCCUGAGCUGGAGCACAGGCUCAACAUCUACAACAAGAGGAACCAGGAGAGCCGCGGAGGCUUCCACACCAAGCCCCUCAUCCACCUGCAGGCCAGGGAGCCUUUCAUGGAGGAGAAGUACAGGCUAUCUCAGGCAGAUGCCCCUGUCAGCCGUCUGCCUGAGACAUAGGAAAGGGCUACAGGGGGUAUUGUAUCUCUUAGCCAGCACUGACUCACUCCUCAAAGACCCUCCUGAAACUCACUGACUAACACUAAAGAUGAACUCAGAGCCAUCCUCCUCAUCGCCAAAGCACCUUGGAACUGUGAAUGGCAGCUCUGCUAGCGCAGCACAUCAUCCAUUGAGGACAGGGAAACGUGCUUUAGGCACUGAACAUCUAUCAGGAAUUGCCACAAUAAAUGAGUAUAUGGAGUCACCAAAAGAAACCAGCAUUGGGGCAUUAGCCCGAGCUCUGAGACAGCAGGGAUCUGCAGAAAUGUGACUGGCUGAUGCUUUUGAAUGUGAUAUCAUUUAGUGAUGGGGCUGGGUAUGUGUGGGUGGAACUGGGUGCUUUGUUUGUCUGAUAUACUUGCUUAGGGAUUGGCGACAGUAGACUGAUCACAAGACAACUACUAAUUGGCAAUCAUAUUAUGAUGUAUGAGCCACACUAAACAGAUAUUUUACAAACAAACCAUACUGAAAGUCAACCUGGAGUCUCCAGACCCCAACAUUAAGUACAGUCCUCUCUGAUCGGACUACUGCAGGGUACAUUUGAUCUGUGUUCUAAUGUGUUGAGCUCAGCUUAUUUCUUACCUUUGUCUUUCUACAUUAUCUAUGCUAAAGUUUGUAUUCAAAUUAUAUUACAAAAUAUUUUUAAGCCAGACACGUGAGCGACUGAGGGACGUUUCAGCUACCAAAUCUCGAGGGGUUUGUAAUUGAAGAUGUGUAAAGUGUUGGUCAGAAGAAAAAGUAUUAUAGCAUGAACCUUUAAAAAUAUCUGCUUUUAGACAUGGCAAACUAACCCUGCGCACUUGAAUGUCAACAGGCAUUUUGUAAAUUGAUCAUGAAGGGAAUUCAGUGCAGAGUAAAAGCAAUUAAAAGGCAAACAUGGUAAAAUAACAGUCAUUUACAGUCAGUUUUAUCAUUGAUACCAAGAGCCUUUGGUGAGCUACACAUGAAUAAAAGUGAAUUAGUGAGGAGGAAGGUUUAGACUUCCCGAAGAUUACCUUUAUUGUGACGCUACGUUAAAUACACGUUACUAAUAGGGAGAAAAAAAUAUCACCUACAUCAGGUAAGCCAAACGUUACUGGUGGCAUAUCAUACCUACGUACAUAAAAA